AUGUUCCUAUUGUUUCACGUGUACAUUUUUAAAUCACUUUGUUCCAAAAAGAGAGGGUAGUUAUCUCAGGAGGCAUUCUUGGUAUAUUCCAGUUGGGCACGGGGCUGAAGUCACUGUCCGAGUAUGCUUUGCACCUGACAUUCCUUCUCCAGCCAGGACCCCUCCCUGUGAAUAAGAGGAAAGGCUCGGCCAGUUAUGCCAGACAAAGAGCACAGCUGCCGAGCUCGGCAGGGAGGGGUUUCCUUCUUGAGCAGGGAGCUGGUGCAGUCCCCAGCUUGCGCUUUCCCCCAUGGUGCUGCUCCCAGCCGGUUACCUGAGUUGGAGGGUGAGAAGAGGGUGUCGGUCCGUGCAGCUGCCGCCCCCGCCGGCAGGUCCGGACGGGAGGAAUAGGGUAGGAGCCAGGCGGAUGCUCUCUGACCUGGACGCCACUCCUCCUCCCGGACUGACCAGAACAUCAGGUCCGCCCCCCCGCUGGAGUCUCAGGUGGCAGUGCAGCCGCAUCCUCGCCUGACGGUCUGCUGGAAAGGGAAGGGGUGGUCCUUGGGCUGGACCCCUCACAGCUGACUCACAGGAAGUGCUCCUAGAGCUUGGCACUGCGCGCCGCCGUUCCGGGAUUCCUCGCUGGCCCGUCCCCUGGAGUGGGUUUUUUGCGCGUCUCCGGGUGGAACAAUGAAGUGCUUCCAAGUUUGCUAAGACUCGUGGGGAAAAUUCUUUGUAGUUUGUCAGUCUUCAAAAUGUUUUGCCACCGAUUUUGGCCAGAAGCUGCUUGUUAAAAAAAAAAAAGGCAAAAAACACAAAAAACCCUCCCUUUGUGGAUUGCUUGUCGGAGGAACGUCAGGGUGACCAUGGUCCAGCGCUUUAGCCUCAGGAGGCAGCUAUCCAAGAUUGAGCGGUUGGAAGUAAGCAGCCUUGCCCAGACUUCCAGUGCGGUGGCCUCCAGCACUGAUGGCAGCAUCCACGCAGACUCUGUGGAUGGCAUCCCAGACCCUCAGCGCACCAAGGCCGCCAUUGCUCACCUGCAGCAGAAGAUCCUGAAGCUGACGGAGCAGAUCAAGAUUGCCCAGACAGCCCGAGACGACAAUGUGGCAGAGUACUUGAAGCUUGCCAACAGUGCGGACAAGCAGCAGGCGGCCCGCAUCAAGCAGGUCUUUGAGAAGAAGAACCAGAAAUCUGCCCAGACCAUCCUCCAGCUGCAAAAGAAGCUUGAGCACUAUCACAGGAAGCUGCGCGAGGUGGAGCAGAAUGGGAUCCCCCGGCAGCCGAAGGAUGUCUUCAGGGACAUGCACCAGGGGCUGAAGGACGUGGGAGCCAAGGUGACAGGCUUCAGUGAAGGUGUGGUUGACAGUGUCAAAGGUGGCUUUUCCAGCUUCUCCCAGGCCACCCAUUCAGCAGCAGGGGCUGUGGUCUCAAAGCCCAGAGAGAUUGCCUCACUAAUCCGGAACAAAUUUGGCAGUGCAGACAACAUCCCUAACCUGAAGGACUCUUUGGAGGAAGGACAAGUGGACGAUGGGAAGGCUCUGGGGGUGAUUUCAAACUUUCAGUCAAGCCCAAAAUAUGGUAGUGAAGAAGAUUGUUCUAGUGCCACUUCAGGCUCGGUGGGAGCCAACAGCACCACUGGGGGCAUUGGCGUAGGAGCAUCCAGCUCCAAAACAAAUACCCUGGACAUGCAGAGCUCAGGAUUUGAUGCGCUGCUGCACGAAAUCCAGGAGAUCCGGGAAACCCAGGCCAGACUAGAGGAAUCCUUUGAGACCCUCAAGGAACAUUAUCAGAGGGAUUACUCCUUAAUAAUGCAGACCCUGCAGGAGGAGCGAUACAGAUGUGAACGAUUAGAGGAACAACUAAAUGACCUAACAGAGCUCCACCAGAAUGAAAUCUUGAACUUGAAACAAGAAUUGGCCAGCAUGGAAGAGAAAAUCGCAUACCAGUCCUAUGAACGGGCCCGGGACAUCCAGGAGGCCCUGGAGGCCUGCCAGACCCGCAUCUCCAAGAUGGAGCUGCAGCAGCAGCAGCAGCAGGUGGUGCAGCUGGAAGGGCUGGAGAACGCCACAGCCCGGAACCUUCUGGGCAAACUCAUCAACAUCCUGCUGGCGGUCAUGGCGGUCCUUCUCGUCUUCGUGUCCACCGUGGCCAACUGCGUGGUCCCCCUCAUGAAGACGCGCAACAGGACGUUCAGCACUUUAUUCCUCGUGGUUUUCAUUGCCUUUCUCUGGAAGCACUGGGACGCCCUCUCCGGCUACCUGGAGCGGUUCUUCUCCCCGAGCUGACCCGGCGCCCCAGGCCGUGCCCCUCCCCUCUGGCAGCGCAUGCGGUGGAGAGCUAGCCACUUCCCCACUCGGAAGUUUUCUACAACCACAGAAGAGUUGAGUGAAUCUGUUUACAUUUAGAAUAAUGUUUUUUUUUUUUUUCUUCAAGAGACGCAAUUGCAAUAGUAUUUUUUAGAUUUUAUCCAAGACGUUUUUUGGGCAAAAUCUUGGAUCAUUUUUAUGUAGCAUGAUUUUCCUUGGGAUGCAAAUCUUAAACAGUCCUUUAACAUGAACCAACAGCCGGGAGCACGGUGAAGGGUUUGAAGGACUGCACUAAACCCACUAAACAAUGCGAACCUGAUUAGGGCGAAGCAGUUAACCCUGACACCCUCCCUGGGCCGGGCUCACCACUCUCCCCAUCCCCAACUAACUACUGUGAAAUCCCACAUUCCCUGUCUGAAUUGUGGGAUUCAGGGUGGAUUUUCCUCGUCCGUGGAACACAGGAAUCUCCCUGACUUUCUUGUCCAAGUGGAACCUGGAUUUGGAUCCCUUCCGACCGUGCUCCCGCCCCUCUGCCAGGCUACGGAGGUGAGAGCCUCGCGCCGGGCCAUGCCCAGGCCGCCGCUGUCCGGAAGCAGCCCUCCGAGGACCUAAUUUUAAGCAGAUCCCUUGGCCGCACUUUUAAGUUUUUUGAUAUGUGUAUAGUUACCACCUUAAAAAUAAAAGGUCCCCACAGCAUACUUGAAGAAUGUAAUACUCAAACUCUCAGUGCUUCCUUACCGUUUCUAAUAGGAUUUUUUAUUAUUGUUAUUAUUAUUGGGUUUUUUUGGAAAGGGUUGGGAGGGUCUUUUAUUUUUCCUUUGAAAUAAAGAAGUGAUGUUUUUAAAUGAAGAACUGUGUGGAUACUUAAGUGUGCUGUUCCCUUUGUCUUGAGACAGUCCAAGUAAGAAAGGCUCGCCAGGGACGCCAUGCCCAGUGCCCCCAGCCGGCCACCUCUGCUGCCCCAUGCCACUUCCGGUGGGCCUCGGCUGCCCAGGACAGGGGCAGAGGCAGGCAGCAGCUGUGGCACAGCCAGAGCCCCAGGGCAGGGAUUUCUUUGUUUUUUUUUUGCUUUUGGUCCUAAGAAAAUGACCCCCCAGGACCUUGUGUCAGGUUUGUCUUUAGGAAAAUGGGAACUGUAUUAUGAGAGUCCUAAAUAAUGCCUUGUAUUUCCUUAAUUUAUUUCUUAACACUCCUUAUUUACUGAAACCAAAGUGAUGUGGAAUCUUUGGUCUGCAUUUUGGCGCCGCACCCUCAACUUCACAGCUCUCCUGUAGCUGCCUCAGAGGCAGGAGGGCUGACGCGCCCACGGACAGAGCUGUCCAAGUGGAAAGGAC